ACUUCAGAACAAAAAGUGUAAACGGCAUUUAAAAGGACUUGGGCUUUAAGCCAAGUUACCUUGCUCCUAGUAAACCCACAUGUUCAUGUGACCACAAGUCCUACAACAAGCACUUAUAAUAAAGGACAAAACAAUCAGUUUAAUAUAUAUAUAUAUAUGUAUAUAUAUUAUAUAUAUAAAAGAUUUUUUACUGACAACCACGUGUACAUCAUGAACACCCUCCCAUCUCCCUUAUUCAUACAGACAUGAAUUAUCCCGACGAGUCGAUCAAAAUCACUACAGACGUCCUCCGGCUGCAUUACUUAAACACGAGAAAGGCAAUUUCUCGAGUCCAAACAGUACUUAAGGUGUAAACUACUUGAGAAUAAAGCAACAGAUAGGAGUUGUUGUGGGAAGCAGUAGGCCUAUUAUAGCAGUACAAAAACAUGUGGUAAUAAAACCGUUUGAAACUGUCAGUGGUGAAAAGCAGCAACAGUUUGCUGACAGGCUGCUCUCAGCAGAAUCUCUCGCUUCACGUCAGCCCCAUCACAACGAAUGCACACAGAAGACUCGCACUCGCGUUCACACACACAAACUUUAUCCAAACUAAUCAUUUCCACUUCUACUGUAGCUAAGUGUUAAACAGUUGAACAGGAAUGCUAAGCCUGCAGACUUUGCUGACGCGCGUGUGUGUGUGUGAGGGCAAGCAGAGGCAGGAAACGGAGAAAGGCAGAGGUAAGUGUCUGCAGUGUUUAUCCACCUGUUUAUAUGUAAAUUUUGUACAAGAGAACCUGAAUGGUGGUAGUGACAAUGAUGGCCAGAAAAAAAAAAAAAAAAGAAAAAAAGAAAACUGCAUAAGUACAGCUACAGACCCGAGCUAACUUCUGGCUUAUAUAGACUGAUGUUGAGAAUUAAUUUGUUAUAAUAGCGCAAAUAAAAUUUUCUCGCAUUUGUGAUACUCUAUCCUUCCAUAAAAAUUAAAAAAAAAAGCGUAUAAGCUCGAUUUAAGUGUAUCUGAUUGGUCAGGAAGUGUUUCCAUACGAGCAGCUCUGACAGUAUCUAAAACGCCAGGUUGAUAUAAUGCACUCGUUUGAAUACUUCAUCAUUUCUACAGUCACUACUUCGGGCUUUUCACACUUAAAAAUAGGGGUAGUUGGAAUCCUGGGUUAUCUUGUUUCACGUUGCUCAUAAUUUACCCGGGGUUAACAAUUAAUCCUGGGUAUCGUAAUCUGACGUUUCACACUGGGUUAAUGUUCUCAUUUGCAUAUUCACGGUGUCGGCAACCCUGUUUGGAUAAACACGGCAGGCGAACGGUUUAAAUAACGGCGUGUCCGUCUCGCACUUUUGCCUCGGUGAGGGGAAAAAACUGCGCCUCGGUUGUUUUAACCCUCUUGAGACACACGCACAAAGGCAAGAAAACAAAUACGUUAUUUAUGUUAUUUUUCCACUCAAACGCUGCAGCUACUGCUUACAUAACACACGGGGUUUCUGUGACGAGGCACGCGCUGGUCGGUUUCUGAUUGGUUAUCUGUUGCUGAGCGUCUUCUACAUUCUAACACCACAUAGUUUCACAUUCUAAACGUUUGGCAUGGCAAUGCGGGGUUAACGCCGCGAAAGCGGUGCCAACCCUGCUUCGGAGCAGGGUUUCAUAAGCCCGGGUUAAAAGAGGGGUUUAGAACGACGAUAACCUGGGGUUAAGCGCAGUGUAGAUUAUUAUGUGCCACAUAAUACGGCUAAUAAUUACAUAAACAUUCAAAACGUGCUGCAGUUUAACCCGGAGAAACGUGUAAUUGUUGAUCUAUGAAGCACAUUUAUAGAAGGAGUCUCCAGUGUCAGCACUUUGAAACAGUUUUUUUUUUUUUUAACUGUCUUGUUAACUUUAAGAGAAAGAAAAAUAAAGAGAGGCUGGUCAGUGCAAUAAUGCAAGUCUAAAUGAAAUGUAAUGGUUAAAAGCCACACUUACAAACACAAGACAACGUAAUCGUAAACGAGCCUUUACAGGAAAAUAUUCCACGAUGUAGUUGUAGCGCUUCAGAAAGUAUCAGGUAUAAUGAUGUUAUGAUUGUAGUUUCUUUGCAUGAACAUACAGCUGCCCAGAUUUUCUUGAAACUUUUCCUUAAAACAGAAGGAAAUAUAAUACACACAAUCGUGUCCUGUAUUAAACUUUUAUAGCCAGAGCACAAGCUGGACUUUCUCGACAAAGCCCUCCGCUCUAAAGUACAAACACGCUAUCCUCCCAUCUCCUCUUUCUCCUCUCCUGCUCACUCAAACCACCCCACCCUCUCUCUCUCUCCUCUCUCUCUCUCUCUCUCUCACACACACACACACACACACACACACACACACACACGCGCGCACACACACAUACAGCCUCUCAGAGUGUGCGGUGCUGCAGCCACAAGAUGAAUCUCUUGCACAUGCCGUUGCUAAGACCCGGACUUCUGCGCUGCAUCCCGUCGCUUUUCCGAAUGUGCAUGAGUACGAGUGUGGGAGUGCGUGUGUGACUACAGCUCACGCAGACACCACGGCAUUUCAGACUGGAGUCGGAGACUAUUCCGUGUUUGGAAUCUCUGUCUUUGUGGAUGUGUAAGGGAGGAGAUGAAGUGACUGACGAGCGGCGUGCGUCCUCUGCGCGACUCGCAGCAUGGCAGCCUCUCUUCCGUCUCACUCAUGCGUUCCGUCUCUGCCCUUUCUCAUCUCCUCUGUCCCAAGCCUGCUGCACUGAGAGAGUUCGAGCAAGACAGCGAGAGAGAGAGAGAGAGAGCGAGAGCGCGCAGGAGAGAUAGAGGACAUGCGCUGGCCAGAGCGGCGCUCUCUGCCUCAGCUCCAUCACUGACCCGCAUCUGGAGGAACCAUGGUGAGCAAAGAGGUUGGUAAAUGCAUGCUCACCAACUCUGAAUCGGACUCUGAGGCGGCACCCUCUAUGGCCCUGGAGGUGAAAGGACCGCCAGAUGCGAGUCGGCAGGUGCGCAAGCGCAACAAAGCCUUGCAGGUACGCUUCAAGGACAUCUGUGAGGCCCAGAGUGAGCAGGCAGCUGCGGCACGGGGAGCAAAGCCUGCCACGUACAAAGUGCCAUACCGUAAGUACAUGACCGUUCCAGCCCGAAGAUCCAUACCCAACGUAACAAAAAGCACUGGAGUGCAGACCUCUCCGGACCUGAGGAAGCGCUACCAGACUUUCCCACUGGAGAGGAAAAAGGGUCAAAGUGUGAAACAUGCAGCCACAGCAGAGACCUAUAAGGACCAGGAUAAUGGAUAUGUUGUUGAUGUUAAGAGGGCCAAAGCAGCUGAAGGGGGGAAGGAAGAAACAUCGUCUCACACUGUACAAAAGACCAAAGCUUUGAUGCACACUAAUGAGUGCAUAGCCACCAUAGAGCACCACUCACAUGCUGCAGAGCGUACAGAAAGGACACUGCUGCCCUGUCCCUCAGAGAACCAAUCAAAUUACCAGAUCUGUACGGUGAAGAGCAAACAUCGAAAGAGCUUCCAAAGGGACUCGGAGUCAUUGGACCGCUCAGGAAAAUGGCAAGUAAUAAAUUCCGAGGACAGAGAUGGCAGUACACUGCCAAACUCUAGCUCCAAAGUGACGAGCCCCGUAGCCUGGAACUCCUUAACGCAGGUGGAGUGUCUGGAGAGCCCGACAGCACGUAGCAAGCGCAAAAAGGUUCUGCAGCUAAAUGGCCUGCAAUCACAGACACUGCCGAGGACUGGCUGCACCACACAAGUGCAGUGUCAUGCUGGAAUGAUCUCUGCUCGGCCCAUACAGGCAAUGGAGGAAGCAGCAGCGGCACCGGUUGCUGCUGCACCUGCCGUCGCUCUACCACCCACAUGUGAGGCUGGGACAGGAACAGUACCAGGCACAGGGAAUCUACAGGUGAAUAGCGAGGCCUGUAAGCAGAUAGUGCCUGUGAAUCAGGAUAAGGAUGUAAAAGCACAGUUGCAAGCCAUGGAGAACAUGAUCAGCUCCAGUCAGGAAACCAUCAAAGUACUGCUGGGAGUCAUUCAGGAGCUGGAAAAAGGAGAGGCUCUCCGAGAAGGUCUCUCCUAUCGGACCGGGCAGGACACAGCCAACUGCGACACAUGCCGGAACAGCGCAUGCAUUAUUUACAGUGUGGAGCUGGACUUUAAGCAGCAGGAGGACAAGCUGCAGCCGCUGAUGAGGAGGUUGUGCUCAGUAGAGGACUCGUCCUUCCCGUCGCUGCCUUACCCUCAGGAGGCCUACACGUCCACGCCCAAACGCAAGGCUAAAGCCGAGGCCAAGAAACACACGCGCUGGAAACUGUGGUUCCUCUGAACACGCCGUGCUGCAGGACACACACACGUUUCUACAUUGUCUUCAUCUUUCUCUUUUCCUGCCCUGUGUCUUUCUACGCGUUCAUCGUUUUAUCAACACAGGAAAAAGAUGGGGGGAGGAAAAAAAAAAAAAAAAAAAAAAAAAAAAAAACCCCAAACAAGUUGGAUCCUGAAACACUGAACCUGGCUAGAGCCUGCAUCAAAUUAAAAAUGGAGUCUACUGGGACCUGGAUUUCCUCAUUUAGUUUCAGAAAAGCAGAAUAUUUUGGCCAAUUGUGCCCGGAGUGUGAAACAGCUUUAUUUGCAAUUCAGCAAGGUGAGAAACCAGACUGAAUUACACUGCUGCAAAGUCCUGAAUUUAAAUGUAUAUUAAAAAAAAAAAAAAAAAAAAAAAAAAAAAAAAAAUCAUCAAACCAUUAUUUAUUUAUACACGAGUGCACCGCCUCUGCUUAGGUUAUUCAUAUAACCCCUUUCCACAACCACAUCCACACACACACAAUACAGGUUUAUUUACUUAGUUGCCUGAUGGCUGAGUGGCCUCUUACUCUCACAAGAAGAAAAAAAGAAAAGAAGUCCCAUUUUCCCUGGACUAAAGUAAGUUAUUAUUCCUCAUGAAUGUCAACACGACUGGAGUCUCACCAAUAAGACAAAAGCACAAGAACACUACAGACUUCACUACAGCUGAAACGGACUCAACACGUGGACUUGGAUUUUACAUAGACACUUAGAGAAAAUGGAAAAGACACUUAUUUAAUCUACGGAGAAAAAAAAAAAGGAAAAGAAAAGAAAUUCCGCAGCUAUUUAUCAAAUUUCUAUAUCACGUUUCAGGAGCUCUAGACAUCGCUUGUGAUGUUCAUUUAAAGAGGAAAAAAAAAAAAAAAAAAAGAAGAAGUACGAGUACCAGAUAUUUUUAUAUAUUCGUAAUAUCAAGCAUUAAAUUAAGAUUUU